CACACCUUUCUGCCUUCCUGCCUAGGUACUGCCAUAGUAACUGAACAGCAUGCAGCCAUGUGGACAGAUGGACGCUACUUCCUCCAAGCUGCACAUCAAAUGGAUAAUAACUGGACACUCAUGAAAAUGGGUCUAAAAGAUACACCAACUCAGGAGGAUUGGCUAGUGAGUGUCCUUCCAGAAGGCUCGAAGGUGGGAGUGGACCCUUUCAUAAUUCCGGCUGACCAGUGGAAGAGGAUGUCCAAAGCCUUGAGAAGUGCUGGCCACGACCUUGUGCCUGUCAAAGAAAACCUGAUCGAUACGAUAUGGACAGACUGUCCUCAGCGCCCCUGCAAGCCUCUCAUCACGCUUGACCUGAGUUACACAGGGGUCAGCUGGAGAGACAAAAUUGUAACCCUUCGUUCAAAAAUGGCUGAGAGGAAAGUCGUGUGGUUUGUGGUAACAGCCUUGGAUGAAGUAGCAUGGCUUUUCAACCUCCGAGGCUCUGACGUUGAGUACAAUCCUGUGUUUUUUGCAUAUGCCGUCAUAGGAAUGAACACAAUCAGACUCUUCAUCGAUGGUGACCGGAUGAUGGACCCAGCUGUGAGGGAGCACUUACAGCUUGACUCCACCCUGGAGCCUGAGUUUAAAAUCCAGGUGAUGCCCUAUGGGUCUAUCCUGUCAGAGCUGCAGGCUGUUGGUGCAAGCCUCUCACCCAAGGAGAAAGUGUGGCUCAGUGACAAAGCCAGCUAUGCUCUGACUGAGGCCAUUCCCAAGGCUUACCGAUACCUCACCCCAUAUACCCCCAUCUGCAUUGCAAAAGCUGUGAAGAACACAUCGGAAACAGAAGGCAUGAGGAGAGCACAUAUUAAAGAUGCUGUUGCCCUGUGUGAGCUCUUUAACUGGCUGGAGAAAGAGGUUCCAAAGGGGACAGUAACAGAAAUAAUUGCUGCAGACAAAGCAGAGGAGUUUCGCAGGCAACAGAAAGACUUUGUUGAAUUGAGUUUUGCUACCAUAUCAAGCACAGGUCCAAAUGGAGCCAUCAUUCACUACAAGCCAGUUCCCGAGACCAACAGAACGCUGUCUGUGAAUGAGAUCUACCUCCUGGACUCAGGCGCACAGUACAAAGAUGGUACAACAGAUGUGACCAGGACAAUGCAUUUUGGCACACCGUCAGCCUAUGAAAAGGAAUGCUUCACCUAUGUCCUGAAAGGACAUAUAGCUGUGAGUGCAGCCAUUUUCCCAAAUGGAACCAAAGGUCACCUUCUAGAUUCCUUUGCCCGCUCUGCCUUAUGGGAUUGUGGUUUGGAUUACCUGCAUGGGACAGGACAUGGAGUUGGCUCUUUCCUAAAUGUACAUGAGGGUCCUUGUGGCAUUAGCUACAAAACCUUUGCAGAUGAGCCCUUGGAGGCUGGCAUGAUCGUCUCUGAUGAGCCUGGGUAUUAUGAAGAUGGGUCCUUUGGGGUCCGAAUAGAAAAUGUUGUCCUUGUGAUCCCUGCUGAAACCAAGUACAAUUUCAAAAACAGAGGGAGCCUGACUUUUGAACCCUUAACGCUGGUUCCUAUCCAGAUGAAAAUGAUUGAUGUUAAUUUGCUGACACAAAAAGAGUGUAACUGGGUGAACGACUACCAUCAGAAGUGCAGGGAAGUAAUUGGAGCAGAACUGGAGAGGCAAGGCCGGCAUGAAGCUCUUCGGUGGCUUAUCCGGGAGACGGAGCCUCUCAUCAGAGUUCAGUAGCACCACAGUUGUCUGCGGUGUGCAGAACAUCAGGACCACUUGGUGUCACGAUAAUCUAUGUCUUCUCGGCCCUUGACACUGCUGGGAGAACGUUCUUCAAUAAACCCUUGGAAAUCAGGAGCGGGAUUUCAUGUAGUGUUUCUCUCCCCCCACCAUGUGUGGGUAAUGUGGGGGUAAGGACGGUUACUGUCUGAACAGUUUUUUGGGCAGGGGGAGGGGUUGAGAAUAGCAAGCAAACAAAAUAAAUAAGCAUGUUGCCUUUGAAAUAGGGAUCUUCUUGAAAUAAUGGUUCUAAGAGGCAAUACUGGAAUAUUUUAUACUGCCUGGUUUUUCACUGUGAAAACUCAGUAUUUUUGCAUACUUGGGUUCCAGUUGCUAAGAUGCUACCCACACAGCAGGACUGAUUACUGAAUAAAAGUUUCCAACCCGCUGUUUGCUC